UUUUAGGCACUGCCACCUCCAAAACCCUUUUGCCGCUCUCUGCUUCCUUUUCCGGCCACAAUGGGCGGCGCCACAAGGUUCCUCAUGCUACUCGCCACUCCCUUCCCCAUCCUUCACCCUCGCCCUUCGCUCCUCCAUCUCGCCCGCCGCUCCGUUCUCUCCCUCUCCCCACACCUCUCCCUAUCCGCCACCCGUCGCCGCCGUCUGCGGUUUACCAUCACCGCCUCCGACCACCUCCACACCCAGGCCGCCGCCGCUGCGUCCACCAGGGACGACUAUCUCGGAGACCCCUUUGUGUCUUCGCCGAAUUCUUCUCGGACUUGGCACCCGUGGCCGGAGUGGUCCAGACUGGUGGAAUCUCUCAACGCCGGAGGUUACAUCGCCCGGGCUCCUUCUGAUGAUGAUGCAUUUGUGGAAUCUAAGGGUUUGUCGGAUGAAUUUGUGCGGGCUGCAGUAGCGUGCCUUGGGUUUGGUCGCAAUAACCCGAAUGCUCUAGGGUCGCUUUCGAGGAAAGAUAUUGAGGUGGUUGUGGAAAAUGGAUCACCAUUUCUAUUCACUAAUGGGUUUGACUCAGUCAGGAGAUUGAGGGCAUUUCUUGCCGGCGGUGAAAGCAAUGUUAUGGAAUCUGAGAAAGCACGCACAGUUGAUCUGAUGAGGUUCUUAUUGAGUUAUGCAAGCAAUCCUACUGAUUCUUCAGGGAGGAAUGAUAGCUACAACAGGGAACUUGUUGAAUCAUCUGUUCGGAAUCUGUUGAAUGAGUUGGCUGAGAUGAGCUGUAGAGUUCCAGCAUCAGAUCUGUCUGGGUCAGUGCAAAAACAUUUCUCAGAUAGAUAUGGACAAACACCAAGACCUCUUGGCCAAAAUAUUGAAAUGAAGAGAGGUGACUGGCUUUGCCCAAGAUGCAGUUUCAUGAACUUCGCAAGAAACAUGAAAUGCCUGGAGUGUGAGGAGGCACGACCAAAGAGACAGCUGACUGGCGGGGAGUGGGAGUGUCCUCAGUGUGAUUUCUUUAAUUAUGGGAGGAAUGCGACAUGCUUAAGGUGUGAUUGCAAGCGACCAGGAGAAGCCUCAUUUGGUUCCACCAACUCCAGGUCAGGUGUGGGAUAUGGUAAUGGUAGAUUUGCGAAUAAGGUUGAUAUUGAUAGCAGGUUGGCUGACAAUGAGGAGAAGGCAGAGCGGUGGUUCAGUAAAAUUUCUCAGUUGGACAGUACCACUGACAUGAACAGUGCCAUAGGAGAUGAGGAUUUUCCUGAAAUCAUGCCAUUGAGGAAAGGGGUUAACAGGUUUGUUGUCAGCACAAGGAAAACGCCCUUAGAGAGGAGGUUGGCUAAUGCUCAAAACCGAAGAAACUUGGGUAACGAUGGCACUCCUGAGGGUGAUUUCCAAAGUGGAGGUUCUAAUAAGACUAUUGACACAAGUGUCAGCAAGAGUUUGGAUGAGAUUCUUGGUCGCUCAUCUGCUGUUUCUGGAGUAGAUAAUAACAGCACCACUACUGCAGAAAAUGCUGGAUCAGAGAGUCGUCCUCCAUUCUCUGGCUCAGCUUCCUCACAAUAUGGACGCCCUAAAGGAAACAAUUCUAGUUAUGCUCCUUUUGUCCCAUUACCUGCAGAUAUGUUUGCUAAUAAGUCUCAAAAUCCGAAGGAAGAUAGUGAGAAGGCAGUGGCAAACAGCUCUGGAUCUUUUGCUCCAGAGGCCACUGACCAAUUAGGCCCUAUUUCUGGGACAAGUGAGUCUAACAAAUAUGGAGACAAUUUGAAACUCUCUGAGAAGCCUGUGAGUCAGGCUGAGAGCAAGGUGGAAGACAAAGAACAAGCUGAAAAAUCCGAGAGAUGGUUUAAGAAGGUUGCAGAACUGCAUGAUGUCACUGAUCUCGCCAGUGCAAUCUCAGAUGAGGACUUCCCAGAGAUCAUGCCAAUGAGAAAAGGAGAGAAUCGGUUUGUUGUUAGCAAGAAGAAAGAUCGGUCAUUGACUUCCCCAACAUACAAGCGACGAUUGGCCAUGGAUCAAGCAAGUAAGACAAAUUUUGUGCCUUUCGUCCCUUUCCCACCGGAUUACUUUGCCAAAAAGGAUAAACAGCAGCCAAAUGAAGCAGAUUCAACCCAGAAAGUUGCUGGUGAAACUUCUCCAACAUCUGCUAUCCCAGAGAAGCUUUCAGAGAGGUUGGACGACAGAAUGCAUGAUAGGGAUCACAUGCAGCCAACAGAAAAUCAGACGAACAGUCCAGGAAGCAGGAAUUUCAGUUCUGGUGAGAACUCAAGAGACAGACCAACACCGAGUUAUAGUAAUCCCCAGACUAAUACCAAAGAUAGUUGGAACAGUGGAUAUUCUGGAAAAGACAAUACGACAAAUUUGAAUGAGAGUUCACCCGGAUUACCCAAGAAUCAAAAUGUUAGACAGGGCUGGACUGGGAAGAGUUUGGAGGGAUCAGCAGUGAAGGAACCAGAUCCUCUGGACAUGUCAGAGGAGGCCAAGGCAGAGAGGUGGUUUCGACGUGUUGCCCAGAUCAAGGACAUCUCAGAGCUGAGCCAGAUCCCAGAUGAAGACUUCCCCUCAAUAAUGCCAAUGAGGAAAGGGGUGAACAGGUUCGUCGUGAGCAAGAGGAAAACACCAUUGGAGAGGAGGUUGACGUCUCCUCAGUACCGGAGAAAUCUACCGGUUGUUAGCUCUGAACCAGUGAAGAAGGAAAAUGAAAGUGGAUGAUGGAACAUGGAAGGCUUCUCCUCCUGUUGUUUGAAUGUGAAGGUAGCUAUUUAUCUCUGUGAUUCUUUGUUUCUCAUAAAUUUUGAUGAGAAGAGUAGGAACCCAAAACAUUUAUUCUAUGCCCAAAUGAGUGUAUAAGAAUUUUGACUCUUUUGAGCUGUGAAAUAAGGGGGAAAACCCUACUUGUUUUGUUCCUGGGGACAGGAAAAUGAAUUUGUUUGGUUGCUGAGUAAAA